AUGCCUGGCAGAUCUUCUUCUGCCCAUGGCCGAAAGGGCACUGCCGUGAAAGCUGCCGCGGGAAGUCGCAGCAUGCCCGUGUGCAAGAGAGCGAACAAGAAGGGUCAGCAAGAUGAACAACAGAAGAACAAGAAGAGUCAGCAGAGAAGCAAGCCUGGAUGCAAGGCAAAACCAUGGAACUUUGGCGUGAGGUUUUCGAUUUCCAGAGCCCAGCAUGUGUUCGUUCAAAGGAAGGAUGUGCCUUUGUGGCUGGCUGCCCUGGUCUUCGUGGCCGGGCCUCUGUACGCAGUGGCUCUCUACCUUGGCAUGGUGACUGGUCGCAGGAUAUCUGAGGUGCUGAAGCUUCGUGGCCGAGACUUUGUGUUGUCUGGGGGUGGCCACAGUGAUUUUGCCCACAUUGUCAUUGAGUGUCGAGAGGAUGAAGAAGACCUUCCGGGCCUUGGAAAGGUAGCAGAAGGCUUGGCCAUUGCACGCAUUGGUGACUGCGUGGUGGACUCUAUCCGGGGUUUGUUGAAAGAUGGUCUUUGUUGGGAGUGCUUGCCUGUUCUAGAGGAGCACAGAGAGAAACACAAGGCUCUCUUCGACAAGGUGAAACCGCUCUGUCGAAGCACAUUCCGGCCUGCCCCACUCGAAGAGGACGCACUGUGGUUCCCAGCAGCCCGCAAGUCAAAACAGCCCUGGCGCACAAGGCAAAGCAUCUGGCAUGGAGUGAGAGUCACCAGAGACUUCUUGUAUAAAGUCACUGGACGACGGUGCUUCAAUCCUGACUUCUUGGGGGCGCAUGUUCACGUGCACGGAGCCACACGUCACACAAAUGCUGCCCUGCUGAUGACCAACCCCAAUUCUACACAGAAGGCUCCGAGUCAAACCGCUAUACUAGAGUUGCAGCAGCGAACAGAUGUGGGCACCUUUGUGAAGCACUACACACAUGCUGCAGAAGAUGAGCUAACUGCCGCUCUGGAAUUUGGCUCAAUUGGGUCACCUUUCAAGGCACAGCGAUCAUCUGGGCAGACUGAGGGAUCGACUCCACAAGUCCUGCCGGAGGUUGCGAACCGUAGCGGCCCUGGCUCUCUGGAGAAAGUUUCAGCAGAAGCUUUUUCCGAGCACCACGUGUCUACAUGCGCAGCAGAACAUGACCCGGGUCUUGCGGAAGGCAUAACUUCAGCUGAUGUAAAAGGCCAUCUGGCUGAAAUGCCUGGCGGUGCUAGAGUGGCUGAGCUGGAGAAACCAUUUAUCCAGGAACCUGCAUCGAGCUCUGGAACCCUGCCACCCGAAGUCAAUCUCCAAGAGAAUGACCGAGUCGAAGCUGGGGCCCAGACCCACUCAGCAAAACAGCAUUGCAGCCGCAAUGCCUGGCGAAAGGCCAAGCGCAGAGCCGGCUUGGUACGGCACAAGGGAAAGGAAAUGGUCUGA